AUGUCUUUACAUAAGUUUUAUAAAAAGAAAGAAGAUGGUGAACAACAACAUAAGUAUAAGAAGGUUGAUUUAAAUGCACUACCUGUUUAUCCAUUUGAACAACCAAGUAUAGAAUUUUAUCAUGUAAACCAAAGAGAUGAAAUUAGAAAAGCAUACUUGCAAAAAGGGCAUUUUCAACCUCUAAAUCAUAAGUUCCCACCACGUAAUUUUGGAGGUAAACCUCGAAGAUUUAUUCAAUCUCGGUUUGAUGAUAAUAAAUAUUGGUUCCUACUCCGACAAGGGUUAGCAUUUCGUGGUCAUAACGAGAAGGAAGACUCGGACAAUAAAGUUUUAGUAGACGAGUCACGUGAUGUGUCAUGUAAAGAACAAAUGGCAUUGGUUUUGCGAUUUGUUAAUAAAAAAGGUGAAGUUGUAGAAAGGUUUGUUGGCAUUAGAAAUGUUAAUGACACUUUAGCUUUAUCAUUAAAGGCUACCAUUCAUGAUAUGCUUUCAAAAUGGAAUUUGAGUCCUAGUAGGAUUAGAGGACAAGGAUAUGAUGGUGCUAGUAACAUGAGUGGUGCAUUCAAUGGAUUGAAGACUUUGAUUAUGAAUGAAACAAAAUCUACACACUUUGUUCAUUGUUUUGCUCACCAAUUACAGUUAGCCCUAGUGUUUGUUGCAAAGAAUCACACGACGGUUAAUGAUUUCUUUGAUGUGGUUUCUCGUUUGUUAAAUAUUAUUGGGUCUUCUUACAAACGACGAGAUAAAUUAAGAAAAAAAAACAAGCAGAUAAAGUUAUGGCAGCACUGGCUGAAGGUAUGUGAGUUUGAGAGUGGUACUGGUUUGAAUCAAGAAGUAGAUAUUAAACGGCCAUCUGAUACUCGAUGGGGUUCUCAUUUUGCAUCUUUAUUAAAUAUUCAGACCAUAUAUGCUUCCAUUUGUGAUGUACUUGAAGACCUUGAUCAUUUGAAUGCAAUACUACAAAGAAAAGACCAAGAUAUCGUAAAUGCCAUGAAUCAAGUUAACAACUUGCACCACUAUCAAGUUGAUGUAUUUAAGGAGGUAAUUGAUAUGCAACUUCAAGAGCUAAACCAUCACUUUAAUGAAGUAAACACAAAUUUACUUCUUUCAAUUGCUUGUUUGUGCCCCACUGAAUCUUUCAAAGCCUUUGAUUUGGAUAAAAUAAUGAAAAUGGCUACCCUUUAUCCAGAAGAGUUUCCAACAGAAUAUGAUCUUCGAGUUCUUGAAGUGGAGCUUGGAAAUUACAUUAAAGAUGUGCGAGAAGACGAACGAUUUAAUGAUUUGAAGAGCAUUGGAGACCUUGCCAAAAAGAUGGUCCAAGAAAAGAAGCAUAUAAUAUUUCCCAAGAUUUAUCUUCUUGUGAAACUUGCAUUAAUCUUACCCGUAGCAACAGCAAGUGUGGAACGUGCAUUUUCAGCAAUGAAGUUAAUAAAAACUGAUAUACACAACAAAAUGAGUGAUCAAUUUUUGAGUGAUGGUUUAGUGUCAUAUAUUGGAAAAAAUGUUUUAAAAGGCAUCGGUAAUGACACAAUUGUGAAAAUGUUUCAAGAUAUAAGACAUCAUAGGGUUCAAUUUUAA